GCAGCAGCCGCUCGGUAGUUUUGGCUCCGGAGACGCGCAGGACGCAGCGUACUGUCCCGGCUUCCCUCGAUGGUUCACCGCAGCCCGGAGGAGGGACAAACCUUCCACCCCUGCCCGGAAAUCAGCUCCCAGGAUCCGCACACACUCUGACAGCACCAUGCUGAAGCCAGGCGACCCGAGCGGCUCGGCCUUCCUGAAGGUGGACCCGUCCUACCUGCAGCACUGGCAGCAGCUCUUCCCUCAGGCGCAGCUGAAGGCUCCUCUGGCCCCGCCGCCGCCUCCACCUGACCGCCUCUCCAUCCCCAUGGAGAGCCUGCGCCCGUCCCGCCUGCACAGCCACCUCCUGGCCUCCACACACUGCACCUCCUCUUCUUCUUCCACAUCCUCCUCCUCAGCUUCUUCUUCAGCAGCGGCGGUAGCAGCAGCUCUCACCCCAUCCUCCUCCAUCUCCAUCUCCACCUCGGCAGGACUCUCCCAGCUGCCCGUGCCCCAGCAGAUCGCACUCUUCGGGCAGGCGUUGGCCCCGGUGUGCGCCGGGCCUGGAGGACCUGGAGGAGGAGGAGGAGGAGGGCCAGGAGGAGGAGGAGGAGGAGGAGGAGACCUGAUGGUGGUCGUCCCUCCAGAGAACCAGCAAGGUCACAACCCAGCAGCGGGGCUUCUCCAUCAGGCCAAAGAGCAGAGCUGCGGGGGGGUCGGCGUGGUGUCGUCCAGUGUGAAGAGCAGCGGCAGCGGAGGAGGCGGAGAGGAGGCCGGCAAAGGAGCGACGGGCAGGUUCAAGCUGACGUCGGAGGAGCUGGACUACUACCUGUACGGACAGCAGAGGAUGGAGAUCAUCCCACUGAGCAACCACACAGGAGAGGUCAACAACCGCUGUGACAUGUGUGCAGACAACAGGAACGGCGAGUGUCCGAUGCACGGCCCUCUUCACUCUCUGCGGCGACUCGUCGGCACCAGCAGUACGGCGGCUCCCGUCGCCCUGCCGGACGUCCCUGAUUGGCUCAGAGACCUGCCCAGAGAGGUGUGUCUGUGCACCAGUACAGUUCCUGGUCUGGGUUAUGGGAUCUGUGCGGCUCAGAGGAUCCCUCAGGGAACCUGGAUCGGCCCAUUUCAGGGAGUCCCUCUGCUGCUGGACAAACUGCAGUCUGGAGCCGUCAGAAACACCAGACACCUGUGGGAGAUCUAUGAUGCAGAGGGGACGUUACAGCACUUUAUUGAUGGUAAUGAUCCCAGUAAGUCGAGCUGGAUGAGGUAUAUCCGCUGUGCCCGACACUGUGGGGAGCAGAACAUGAUGGUUGUACAGUACAGGUCCUGUAUCUUCUACAGAGCAUGUAUGGAUAUCCCCAGAGGAACAGAGCUGCUGGUUUGGUACAAUGACUCCUACACUUCCUUCUUCGGCAUCCCGCUGCAGUGCAUCGCUCAGGACGAAAACUUAAAUGUCCCAGCCACGGUGGUGGAAGCCAUGACCAGGCAGGAGUCCCUCCAAUCCUUCAGCAAGAACAGCAAACCCUCCUCUUCCUCCUCUUCCACCCCCUCCACCGCCCUCAUGCGCUCCAUGGUCUUCCCCCACUCCCCCUGCCCUAGGAAUUUCUCCCUUUUGGACAAGGUUGGGGUCGGGGUUCAGUCGGACUCCAGUUUCAGCCAGUUGGGGUCAAAGAACCAGCGAAUCCUGGCGAGCCCAACCUCCACGAGCCAGCUGAGCAGUGAUUUCAGCGACUGGCACCUGUGGAAGUGUGGCCAGUGCUUCAAGACCUUCACUCAGAGGAUCCUGCUGCAGAUGCACGUCUGUCCGCAGAAUCCUGACAGACCAUACCAGUGUGGCCACUGCUCCCAGUCCUUCUCUCAGCCAUCAGAUUUGAGGAACCACGUGGUGACGCACUCAAGCGACCGACCCUUCAAAUGUGGAUACUGCGGUCGUGCGUUCGCUGGUGCCACAACACUCAACAACCACAUCCGCACUCACACUGGGGAGAAGCCGUUCAAGUGCGAGCGUUGCGACCGCAGCUUCACGCAGGCAACUCAGCUCAGCCGCCACCAGCGACUUCCGAACGAGUGUAAACCAGUGAAUGAGAGCAGCGAGUCCAUCGAGGUGGAUUAACCCCCGACUGUUUACUGACUGAGACCACAUCCGCAUUAAGGCAGCUAAAUUUGAAAACACGUCUUUUUCUCUCUGUUUUGGCUCUCCAUCCACACUAAGCCAGCAUUUUUCUCACCAGAAACAUUCCUGAGUGGAUGAAUCUGAAAAUGCUGACUUCAUGUUUUACUAGGAAUUUGUAUCAAAAGCGACAUCAGCAGUGCGUAAGCGCUACUGAAGCGUCCAUCUGUUCAAUUCACAUCGACCCAGACCCUCCAUUUUGCCGUCGCUGUCCCCAGAGGCAGAGCUCCUGAGGAAGACACACUAUCUUCACCAGGCCGACUGAUAUCAGAAAUCUAAUGAACAAAAAUAGUUGACUCCAUGACGAGUAUACACGAAGAAAACUGCAUUGUUUUAAUGUAUUGAUUCAUUGACUUUAUUUCCCCACCCUCUACAAUAUGCCUAUAAUGAAACCAGAAAGCUCACAGUGAAACUGGGGGCCUCGAUCAGUAGUUAUAGAUAUAGUUAAUGAGUUCACGACAUAUAGGCAGCUGGUGGUUUGUGUGAUUUAAACAGCUGCCUGUGGAUAUUAACUUCACUAAGCAUGCUGGGGGGGGGUCCCGUAGUAACAUGCAGGUUUCUGAGUUUGUGUGGAGUGUUACAUUUGAUAAAAAGGAAGUUUAUCUAGCCCUUUACAUUACAUCGCAUUUAUUUAGCCUUAGACAAAAACUGAGCCUUUAGAAAACUACGACAUAAGCCUGCUAAGUUAUUGUUGUGGGAUGUGUGGCAGUAAAUUUAAGACAACUUUCUGUUGCCUUUAACUCAAAAUGUCAAUACAGCCCGUCCCAGGCUACAGGUGUUGUCAUUGUGCUGUAUUUAUAUUGAUUUUGUCAGAUGACUUCAUGAUCAGGAAAUACUGAUUUAAUCGGCUCAGUAGCAGGUAAACAGGUAGCAUUUACGAGCCAGAAUCAAAUCAGUAUUUUAUACUUGUUCCGUUGUCUGACAGCAGAAACAAAAAAUAUGUAAAUGAGAACAACUAAAUCGUGAGAUGGUGUAUUGAAACACAUUGUAGGUGAUGAUGGAGAGUAGUCCCACUGCUCAGCACGUUAGCUGUGAUUAAUAAGUUCUGUUUGCUGACCAAAAAAGGAAACAGAGAAGAGACUUUUUUCCUGUUGUCCUGGCAUUUCAUUGUGGAUGGAGAUCUUUAGGAAAACAACCUGAAAAAGGACGUGGUUCGUUAAGAGCGUUUUCAGAUUUAGCCGGCUUAGUGUGAACAUAUUCUGACUGUCUACAGUUGUGACUUAACUGACUGACUGACUGACAGAGAGACAUUAAAGCCACAUUCAUCCUGCUGGAGAGAUUCCUGAUUCAACCAAACCAAAGAUCCUUUUUUUUCCCAGCAGAGAAGAAGAACUUUCAGACAAAGAGGUCGGACUAACAAACUUCUUUGGAUGAGGAUAUUUAUUGGUGACUUUUGGGAAUCAUGUCUGGUUUCCCUCCAAAGAAAACUCUUUCUUGAAACCGGGACAAAAACAAUGAAAUACCAAAAAAUUCAGACUGAUUGUCUGUCUGUAGCUUUACUUCUCGGUUUCUUUUUUCUUUUUGCAACAGUGAUGCCAAAGGAGGGCGCGACCAAAGCAAACAGACUGAGAAUGCACAACGAGCAACAACACGAACGUCUGAGGAUGACGCUCGAGUUUUACGUCACAAAAUGAACAAAAUAAAAUGACAAGGAGUAUGUAUUGUGGGAAAAAAUGACAAAAGAAAAGAAAAAGAAAGGACAAAAGAAACAUAAAUUAUAUUUAUCUUCUUGCUCAUAUCAUGCUUCGGGCACUUUUGUUUUGAAAUGUUGAUAAUUUAAUUUUUGCAGCUCUGAUGUUGGCAAAUGUUAAGAUGUAGAAAGGAGGGAAAUACUGAAGAGAUAACGGAUGUGAUUUCUUAUAGAAAUAAUCCCACAGUUCAUAAAGAGAUGUGGUAAAUAUGAAGUUGACACAGCAUGUGUUUAAAAAUGUAUCUGGGUUAAAGUCAGUCCAUGUGUUCCCAUCUGUUCAGUUUUUUUGUUUGUUUUUUUCAGAUGAGUAUAAAGAAAACAUCUGAUCGUCUGAAGCACAAACAUCUUAAAAACCAAAAAGGGCAAAUGUUUUCUGGUUUGAAAAAUACUUUCUCAUCUCUCUCAUGAUAAGUGUUGUCUCAUAGAGUAUAUUUGCUACGCAAUGCAAGUUUGAAUCCAUACACAAGCAAUCUCAGAUGUGUAAAUAGUCCUGUGUCAUUACGAUACACUUUGUAUUAAAAUGAGUGAGGGUAAAAGCACAGUUAUUACAUGAACACCAAAUAGGUUUUUGUGCCUGAGAGUUUAAAAAGCUUUAAUAAUAAUAAUAAUAAUAAUAAUCUGAAAACUGUAACUUCCCAAAGAUCAACAGUGUUGAAGCUGGUGGAUGUAAAUCUACAGUCCAAACCAAAACUCAGAGGGAUGUUUCACUGCGGGAAAACACCUUUACUUUUAUCACACAAACUUUCACACUCAACCUUACUUAUUUAUUUAUUGUGAACACUUCCUCCUGCUGGUUAUGACAACUAGAACAUGACAAGUUGUGCUGUAAUUAAUCAUAACCUAUACUUAAUGGGCCACGCUGAACAGAAACAUUACAAUUCAGGCCCAUUGCGGCUGAGUGUCGGCAAACUCUGGCUGUGUUCUGGCACUUAAGUACCAAAUGUGAGCCAAAUCAAAUGAGUACCAAACCUGUCUCGUAUAUGGCUGCUGGAUUUGCUGAGAUUUAGUAGUAGUCAGUACCAUGGGUUUUUGGCUACCUAUGUCUGCUCUUGCUGUAGCGUUGAUCUACCUCUAUGAUUAACUGCCUACAAAGGUUGCUUGAGUGAUUGCUCAGUUCCACACUCCAAUCAGCAUCAGUGUCUUGCAUGUUCACUUGUCCUACAGGACAUCUGCAUCAUCAGUUCUUGUCUGUUGGACCAUUUGACUACUUAGAAAUUUUCAUACAUUCUGUCGAAUAUUGUGAAGUUAUAUUAUGUGAAUACACGUGUAGCUCUGGUAAUACUUUUUAACAUUGAUGGCAGUUGGAAUUAUAUGUCAACUUUUAAAGCUUGGCAGAUUAAAUUUGAAGUUACCACCACAUUUCAUAUGUGAAAAUACUUCGCAAAUGUCAAAAAUGGUACCAAGUCCCCCAAUAUCAACUGUUCAAAGUAACUCCUGGAAAACUAUCACUUAUUUUACACAAAUUAACCCUACCUAUGAAAAGUGAGAAAUAUCUGUAGGCAUAGGUUGACGUUCUUCCAGUGAGCUUUGAAUGCAACAGUGAUAGUUUAAAAGAAGUAGUUUUACAUUUUUACAGAUUCCCAAAACUUGAUAGCCACAGGUCAUCAAGUGUUGCGUGAAUAAAUAUAAAAAAUAUAUUCCUAUAUUUGAGAUGGUUUAUCUCUCCAUUUAGAGUAAACCUCUUAUCAUUUGUGUGAUGUGAUAAUAUGUCCUGAUGUUUGGGUGGCGAUGGCAGACAGGUCAGACACGUUGGAGCUGAACGAACUGCUCUCCAAACUCUUAGAGACGUUUUUGUGUAACUAAAAGUAAAACAGGACGGUGUAGUCCCUCAUUCGUCCAGGAGUGUUCCAUGGUAGAAAAGGUUUCAGUCGUAGUCAUCUGGACGCUGUUUUCAGAAUCAAGACGUUUCGGCUCCCAUCCGGAAGUCAUUCUCAAUUGUGAAAAUGGUCUGAGAACUCAGAAAUUUAAGCUACUCUGUGUUACUUAAGCCCCGCCCUCAGGGAGGAGUCUACCUGAGUGUCUGCUGUUUACCCUGCCUAGUUUCACCUGAAACUGCCCUUCUUUUGUUUCCAUGAUGACCCAGUAACCAGUAAUCAUCCGUGAGGGCAGGACUUAAGCAACACAGAGUAGCUUACAUUUCUGAGUUCUCAGAACAUUUUCACAAUUGAGAAUGACUUCCGGAUGGGAACCGAAACGUCUUGAUUCUGAAAACAGUGUCCAGAUGACUACGACUGAAACCUUUUCUACGAUAAAAGUAAAACAGUUUUGUACCCGAGUGAGACAUCUCUUUAUUCAGAAUGCAGAUUGAUCCAAUGCUGUAUAUAGAAAAAUACAAACUAUGGGAUUUUAUAUGAUGGAUCAGUGGGACUGAGGUAAAAUAAUCUGACUCAGUAAAGGACAAAAACACGAAUGUGAAUAUGAACCAGAGCUCUGAGCAAAUUCACUUUCUGUUCACAUCUGUCAGGAUCCAGAGGAUGGACUUCAAGAAUCAUUUCUGAGACACAAACUUGUGACAAAAUUAUAUUUAUUUAUUUAAAAUAAAAACCCACCCUGAAUUACUGGUCAAACAUAGACAACCUGAUGACAUGUUUUGAUAUUUCUACAAGCUACAGUGGAUUUUGGCAGCACCAAUCUUUCAUCAAGGAACACGUCGGAAAUAAGUAUGUAAACUUAAUGUCGUCUUUUCUUUCCAAACCCAAAUUUGGUGUAACAUCAUAAGUUGGAGGUUUCUAAUAGUGAAAAAUAUUAUAUUGAUAUGCAGAAUUAAUUUAUCCUCAAUUGGAAGGAAACAUGAAACAACUUUUCUGGAUGAAAUCAACCUCUGAUCAGCUGAACAGUAACUGAAUCUUGCUCCGCCCUUCUGAUGAUGAUAAUCAUUUUCCUCUGUAAUAUGACUGAUAGACUCUGAUGGGAAAAAAACAGUCAUGCCAAACAGAAAGACUCUUAUGAAUCCAUUUUGACUCGAUCUUGUUUGCAUGAAUUCUGACUCCUUUCCCCCCUUUUUUUAAAUAAAUGACAAAAUGAGAUCAAAAACCAAAAAGAUGUUGUUCUAUAGGAAAUAAAGCUGAAGUCCAGUUUUGAUUCUUA